AUGAAGAAUAGCAUCGGAGAGAGGCACUCAUGCGCUGGCGCCAACCUUGUAUUCAGCUUAGCUUCCUCGAAGGAGGCAGAUCAAAGCCGUCAAGGGCCGAUUGAGAGUAUACAGUACGAUAAGUCAACCAGCUUCUGGGAUGAGAUUCUUUGGGGUGGCGCUUGGAUGUAUUAUGCUACUGGAGAUGUAACUUAUCUUGAGCUAGUUACAAGUCACGAGUUGGCCACACAUGCUGGUGCCUUUGGAGAUAGCCCUGACUAUGGUGUGAAGUAA